AUGGGAAAUCCAACUUGGUGGCCGUAUCCAAUACCACCGAAUGUUGCUUUCAGGAAAUCGCUAGUUGUUGUUGCAGGUGUUUUUGUCGGCGCGGCAAUCAUCAAUUCUAUUUAUCAACCGUUCAAGGGGUACGAGGAGGAAUUGGAAAAAGGAAAAACCGAAUUACUGCGAAAAUAUAAAGCGAAACAUGAAGAUCGAAUACGACAGGGAUAUCAAUCAAUUGACAAA